GUGACUGUAGAUUUGAGUUCGUGGUUGGUUUAUACGUUGUUCUGGCUCUGUUUAGGACUGAGGAGGGUGAAAACGUCGCAGUGAACGGAAAAAAGAAAGGGAAGAGAAAAACCCCAACAAAUUUCAGCUGAUAUCUAACAAAGGUAAAGUGAAUCAACGGAAAAUAAGGAAAUAGGAAGGCAUCUAAGAGCUAAGAAAUGACCAGCUCACCUGCUUCUAGAUUUGUUUCAAACGGCAAGAGGAACACCAGCCCCCGGUCCCCUGCCAACACUGGCGAGCUCUUCACUCCAGCACAUGAAGAAAACGUUCGAUUUAUAUAUGAUGCAUGGCAGUGUGUCCUGAGGGACCUUGCGUCCUCCAGUGAUCAGAGUGAGAGAGGACCCCAGCAGUAUGUUGAGAAGACGAUGAACCCCGGGCUUAACACAUUUACUCCUGUUGACUUGAGUGAUGUAAAGAGACGGAACACACAGGACUUCAAGAAGUCUUAAGAAAUGUGUGCCUGCCUGGCCGGGUCCCAUUCCACUCCUAGGCAGUUCUUGGGAGAUUUCUUUUCUACUGAUCAUCUCCGUCAGUCUCAGUCUGGAAUGACUCCCCCCUCCCCCCAAUCAUCUCUCCCUCUUCAGCUUCAAAGUAAAGAAACCAAUGACUGAUCUCUCUCCUGGCUCUCUUGAAGGUGCAUGCAAAUAACAAAAUGAAGCAGGGUUGUGUUUUAGCUGAAAUCUUUGUCCCCUUAAAGAAACACAAUCUAUCAUACCCUCCCUGCCUAGCAAACCACCAGCUAGUUGUUUUAAAAUUUGAGAACUCUAUAAACAUGUUCAAAUUUUCAGUUGUUUGGUUCUUGAUCUACUGGCUUUUUUUUUUUUUUUGUUGGAAGCAGUGUCUUAAAUUGGUCCUGUGGAUCUGAAUCUUCAAAGGAAGCCACUCCAGAAACUGUCUUCCUACUUGCUGUACAAGUCAGGUUACAAGUCAGAGUGCUUGACAGAUAGAUAGAAAGAGAGAGAAAGACUAUGACAGAAUUUAAUAUAUUUUUUUAAAGCAUUGUUUGACCCACCUGGGUUUAUUCAACUUGUCUGAAAGCAACAUCUUAUUAGCAGCGGGAUUACAGCAACCUUAUUAUAUUUGUCUUCUUAAUUGACAGUGAGCAAACCAUCUUUAUCACCAGGAAUCAAGGUGGUAUUUGCUUGCAAGCUUUCCUGGUUCACCUACAGAAAUGGAACUACAACCCCUUCUGUUUGCCAAUAGUGUUGCAUGAAUCUGUAGCAGGCACCUCUUGCAUCUGAGUAAAUCUGAUUGGUGGUUACAGCAGUUAAGCCAAGAAGUGUGGGGUUGCAUUGAUGGGGGAAGAGGUUGUGGUCACCCCCGGUGAAUAUUUUAGUUUAUCUUUUAUACCUUUUGAUUUUAAAGCUCAUGAUGUGUUAACAAAGUCAAUUUUAUAUAAAUACAUACAUUUCAUGAGGGGGGUUUAACACACCUGCAUAUAAAUGUGUAUAUACAUGUAUAUGCCUGCAUGUUGUGUACAUACAUAAAGCAUACAUACUUUACAAAUUUACACACAAGCUUCCAGUGAAAUUCAGUUACGAAGGGGGACUGCUUCUAUUUCAUCUUGGUGGUAGUUAAUUAAUAGCUGUCAGACUGGCAGGGGCAAUUAACAAGCAGACCUGUGGAUGAUUUAAAGAUUAAGAGAUGCAAAAAAACAGUCUGAACUUUUACUGAUAAAUUACAGCCAUGCUGGUCCUUUAAUGAGUUUGUAAGUCAUCACACACUGCUCUAAUUAUAUGAUGCUCAGUGGACAUUUGUGUAUAUUCUUAUUCUUCACUUUGAUUCUGAAGGUAAUGCAAAAACAUAUUUGAGUUAUGAUUAGGUGUUUGAAUAAAAAGGAAACAAGAGAAGACGGUUCGGCAUUCGAUUUCAGCAGCAGGUCUGUGGCAUUGAUGUUAUAUAAACACUGGAGCUUCUCAAAUACAGUGUCUUCUAGUUGGCUGCAGAAUUGGAGUCUGUCUUCAAAGGAUCCGGAAGCCUGUCUCAUUUCUAGCCCUUGUUUUAAAGGUAGAGCCUCUUCCAUACUUGUUGUAGAUUUUCCACUAUCCAGCAUCAGGGCUCUUAUUUCUGUUAAAUGUGCCCAUUAUCUCACAAGCUUUCAAGGCCAUUGAAACAGCAGUUUGUUUCAUUUUAAGGAAGAAUCAAACUGAAAAACUCAGUGAUGAGAACGAUAGAGCUCUUAUAAUGCCAAGAUGCAACAAAAAAUGUGCUUUAGUUGCUAUGUACAUAUUUCUAGUAAGUUUUUUUUACCACAACCAAAUAACAACACAUUGGCAGUGUAUCUUGAAGGAAAAGGGCACAAUUGUAACCAAUCUUCAGGGAAUAAUUUUUGCGCUGCUUGUUCAAGGUUCAAAACUACCUUUAGUAUAGUUUAUCCCUACGACAACUGGGGUAAGUGAGACGAGUACAUUUGAGGGAUUGUUCGAUGCCAGUUUUAUUUUAUUCCCCCAAAGGGAUAUAAAUGUGUUUUUUUUUUUUUUUUUUUUAAGACAGAUGUUGCUAUCAGGAUCACAUGACAGAUUAAUUUGACAUAAGGAGUUAGACAUUCAUACAGAAUAAGCUGUAUGGAUGUUGUUUUAAACAAAAUAAAAUGUUAUCCAUUGCUUGUUUUAAGUGUUAGGGAAACAAGUUGUAAACUUUACUAUAAAAAGGAAAUUCACAUUUGUAAACUGGGGAAAUACUGUAAAUAAAAUGUUUUCUUUAGACACAUUU